AUGUUUGGCAAAGGACAACCUUACCCUCUUAUGCGGAUUUUCAGACAAGCGGUUAAUGAGCUCCUCCUGGCCCUUACGGGAACCCUCAAUUCUUCCGCGUAUUCCAGCGGGGUUAUCAUCAAGUCGCCUGGAUGUUUCAGCGCGGCUCAAGAGGCGUUCGUACUGAAUCGUAUCGGAGCACUCCAUGACGACAGUACCGUAUCGACGGGUGACCUAUUCACCAAAGCCAAUACCCGAUAUGAAAUUGCGUACGACCAAAUAUCGAAACUCAACACAAAAGUUUCCAUCAUGAAGGAUUAUCUCCCGGCGGUCACUGCUAUCUCGCCCGCACUGCGGAUCCCUCAGUCUCUGACCUCCAGCUUAAACAAGAUUCUGAGUGAGAUGUUUCUUAUAGGAAACCGAUAUUCGUUACCAAAUGUCGGCCACAACUCAUCGUCACUCGAGGAUAAGAGCGGAAUCAUCAAUUAUUUUUUUCUGCCAGAAGGCGAUCGCCUGGAGCCCGCCAACCAGCAUGAAGUACGACUGCCGAAGACUUGCCGGCUCGACGUGCGAGCCAGCCAAAGAGUCGGAACAUAUAAGAUACGCACGGCUCUCCGCACCCAGAGAACGCACGAAUGGGACAACUAA